AUGGCGACCGGGGAUGACGAUCUCACUUGGUCAGAGGAAGUGAUUGCCUUAAUUAAAGCUGUCUCAUCUCACGGCGUUCCGAUCCUCGUCAAAGUGGAGGGAGGGAGCUGUGAGUCACAGGAAUCAGACACUUUUUCGAAUGGGGAUAUCUUUCAACUGGAAUCCAUUGAAGAAAAAGUUUUCGUCGGUUAUUGCUAUAAAAGUACGGUUCAAAAACGUGAAAUUUUAAACGAAGAUGACAAAAUCCUUAUCAAUAAGGACACAGCUAAUAACAUAUAUGUCAGAAUAUGUUUGACAAAACCUGAAGAAGAAGGAAGGAAAAUCUCUUCGAUACACAUGGAAAAUAAGCCUCCACUUCCGGACAACUCUUACCUCGAAUUCACGCCACAGAAUCUUGUUAUUCAAACAUCUCUUGAGGGCAAAUCACAGCCUCCCCCCUUACCCAGGAGAGGUGGAACAAACACCAAGUCGAAUGAGGCAGAGAGAAGGCCGAUGCCCCCGCCUCGUAAAUCAUCUACGCAAGGUAUAUCAGAUCACGGAGUUCUAGCGCCAGACCAACCGCAAAGGCCACAGUUUCAGAGGGAAAGAAUGUCUUCAACGCUUAGCAGUGAAAGUAUUAACGACGAUGUGUACGAAAUGCCAGAGUCCGAAAAUAUUUAUGAUGAACCCGCAGACUUAGAAAAUGCAGUUGCUUCAAGUCCGGAUCAUUCUCUAAAAUAUAAAACCAUGGAAUUCUUCAGCAAACAAAAGGGUAGGCUGCAAAAAUUCAAAUUGAAAGUCGCAACUGCAAUGAAAAAGGAGAAAACAGCAGCAAAUAUGGAUAAAAAGAGUGAAGAACAUGACGACGACGACGACGACGACGACUACGAAAUUCCAGUCGAUCCGUCAAUCAAAAAGGCGACUAUAAAGAAGUACAAUCAGACAGAUAAGGAAGGUAGACAAUAUGAUACUCUUGAGAAACAUCUUAUGAUGAACAAGUCGCCGAGUAACAAUUACACGCAACUGUCGCUAGGUAACGCUGAUCAGAAAGAUACGUCGUUCGGUUCUCUUUCCGUAACCGGAUUAUCCAAUCGGCUGAUCGCAUGUGGAUUAAGUAACGUUGCCAAAGUAUGCCAAGAGGAAAAGGUGGACGGACGGCUGUUCCUUACCUUAAAUGACGAGGAUUUGAGAGAAGUAUUCAGUGUAAACGAAUUACAAAUCAAGAAAAUUCGUAUGGCGCAAAAUCAUGACUGGACACCGAAGACUUGA